GUUUUAAAAUUUGAUAGUGUUUUGUUUUGAAAAAUUGACGUAAAAAUCUCAUUUGUUUAUUUUCGAAUGCCAGUUAUAGAUUGUAAUAUAGAUAGUUUCGAAGGAAAUAACAUACUUUUACUGCGAUGACUGACCCUCAACCAUUGGUUCUCUGUAUGGAGAACGUUAAUGGAGAUGAAGUGGCGUUGAAGAUUGAUCCGCAUGAUGACUUCAGACUAUUUCUUGAUAAAGCCAAGUUUUGUGACAAAAUAUUCAGCGACGUGAAAGACGUAAUGGAUCAUGGCGAGGAACAUAAACAUGACUUUGAUGAUGGCUCCGUAUUUCCGUGUCCCUUGUGCGAUUAUGGAUAUGCAAAUCUGAAAUGGUUAAAGGGCCAUCUCAAAGCGGCUCAUGACAAGCCAAACGACGCGGAAGAUGGCGCUGUUAUUAAAAAGGAGGUUGUCGCGGAACAUCCACCGAAGGAAUCGUCGCCUGUUGCUAACGGAACAGGAAUUUUGGAGAAGACGUCUGUUAAUGACAAUGAUGAAAAGGAUAUUAAAGAAUCUCACCCGAAUGAGGACGACACUAAAACUGUGCAGCAUAUAAAAUUUGAAACGGAAAUAAAGCAAGAGGCGAUUGACAGCGACGACGAAGCCAUCUGGAUAGUUCACACUGGGGAUGAUGUGCAAGAAGAACAAUUGCACAAACUGCUGAACGCCAAUACGAAAAAAUGUCCUCGGGAACAGAAUUUUUUGACGAAACACAAAUGUUUCAAUUGCAGCCGUAUAUUCCCAUCAGCCGAAACCUUAAAUACACACAAGUGCCGAAAACGUACUCGAAAACGGAAACCUACUGACGAUAAUUCAGUAUGCGUGCCCACUCAAGAGGACUUUCUGAAGCGAGCACAAGGAAGACCAAGGAGCGAUAAUAGCUUAUCGAAGGUGAAAAAGACUAAGAGCCGAGAGAACGCUUCGCAGAUAGUCACGUGCCAUAACUGUAACGAGUCGUUCUCGUCUAAAGUGAGACUCAAGUUCCAUAUGCAAUUCCACGAUAAAACGGACUUGCUGACACCAGAGGGAUACUCGUGUAAGGAGUGCAGCCUUACUCUGGCGACGGAGACGGAGUUGUUCGACCAUGUGCACUUCCAGCAUCACAAGCAGAAGAAGUGGCAGUGCCCGGUCGAGGAGUGUGGAAAGAUGUUCUUCUUGAGGGCGACGUUGACGAAGCACAGCCGGACGCACACAGACACGAGGCGCUACGUGUGCGUGACCUGCGGGAAGCGGUUCCUGGACAAACAGACGCUAGACGAACACGGCGUCACGCAUUUACAGAUUAAACCGUUCCAAUGCCACAUAUGCCUUAAGCAGCUAACUCGGCGCUCUCGUCUUCGAAUGCACCUGCGAGCUCACGAGGAGGAGGUCUGCAUGAAACUGGUGUUCGCUUGUGGUGUCUGCAAGCGUGCGUUCAGGAACGACAUCGAAGCUCAGGAACACACGGCGAAGUCUACAGAAUGCAUUGAAGAGUUCACGAAGAUGUUGAAGGGUGAGGAGGUCGAUCAAUUGUCUCCCACCAGCGGCGUCGUCAGAUAUUCAAAUAAAUCUGUUACGUCGCUAAACGUACCGAUACCGCGGGAGGCGAGCUCUGAAGAUAGUGCCGCUAUGAUAAGCUCUCUGACUGACGCGGCGCGGUCUAUCAUCCGCGUGGUUCGUAUCGAGAAGGCAUUCCGCUGCGAAUACUGUGAAGAUGUGUUCUACCUGGAGCAUUCCCUAAACUCACAUCGCGCUAAGCAUAAGGGUAUCAAGAACCCAUUUACGUGUCAUAUAUGCAAAGUGAGCUUUGCGACCUAUUCUAGGUGCACCACUCACAAGACCACUCACGGGUUCUACAAACGCAACGCCACUGAAGGAACCAGCGGUGGUGCGGGUAGUACUGGUAUCCUAGGCUACGGAGGCUUCCCCGUUGUGAAGCACUUUUUGUGUGAGGACUGCGGCCGCUCGUACCUGCACUGGACGUACCUGCAGGUACACAGACGCAUGAAGCACGUCAACGAGAACUUCCUCUUCAAAUGCAACCAGUGCGAACUGACGUUUCCAAACAGUUGGAGCGUUGCGUAUCAUAGGAAAAAAGUGCACGGCAAAACUGCACAGGAAGACGGUGGUACAACCAAGAUUGCAAGACAGGAUUAUAAAAUACCAUGCCGCGAUUGCGACGCGGUAUUGCCUAACAAGGUCGCACUCUACAAGCACAGGCAGGACGAGCAUUGCGACGACGCAUUCGAUAUGGACGAGAAUGAGGACUGGCCGGAGUCUGUGAACAAGGAUAGCACGGUGUGCAACAAGUGUGGACAUAACUUGCACAAUGUUAACGCGCUACAGAAACAUUUGCACGAAGUGCACGGAGUUCAGUCGGACAAACUGCACCCGCGUCUGAAGUGCCACAUGUGCUCGCGAACGUUCCGCUCGGCGAGCGCGCGCGACGAGCACAUGCGCGUGCACACGGGCGAGCGGCCGUACCCGUGCGACGUGUGUGGCGCGUCCUUUACACGCUCGACCGCGAUGCGCAAUCACCGCCUAGUACACUUGGCUGUGCGGGCUUGGUCGUGCUCGCGGUGUUCCAGAAGGUUCCGCAUGCGUUCGGACCUGCGCACGCAUAUGAGACUCAAACACCCCGCCUACUUGGCGGUCAUCGAGAUUGAAGGCCUCAAUCCAUCACUGGAACAGAUAUAUCAAAAGCUUGCGGUGCACAAUAUCAGCCAGCAAAAGGUUAUCGAGAUCAAUAUGAUUUCCUUUGAGAAGGGCUCAACGAGCAUCGUACCUGACUCCCGGCUUGCCCUGUCCAUGUUGAACAACGUACCGCGCACUCCGAUCAUACGAUCCAAGAGCGAAUCACAUGAUAUGUUUCAAGCGAGUUGCAGCCGGGACAUGGAUAAAGCUGCUUACACACCCGCGACGUUACAACGCGCUGAACAAAUGAGCACCGACCCUAAUAGAACCUAUCCGAUCAUUAGCACAGAUGCUAUUCAACCUAUAAACGUGCAAGUUCUUCUAGAAGACAACGCCCUGGUAUCUAACCAAUUGCUGCAGUAUAGAAAUGAUAUUGUUUUGCAAUAAUUAUGUUGAAUCUAAUAAAAUACUAUGUUGCUUAAACGA